CGCUCGGCGGUGUCUGCUAAGCAAACAGAGCACCUGGAGCACCAUGGCCCUUUCCGUGCGCACCAGCGGCGGCUCCCGGCAGUUCUCCUCUCGGAGCGGCCUUGGCGGGGGAACUCUGCGGAUGUCCAAUGCUAGCGCUGCAGGAGGCUUCGGUGGCAGCGGGUUUGGCUUUGGUGGAGGAGCCGGGGGAAGUUUUGGUACCACUUCUCUGCUUGGUUCUGGCUCCAGCUUCAGUGGGGGCUUUGGGAGCAGCUUAGGUAGUGGCUUUGGUGGGGGGUUUGGCAGCAGUGGAGGUGGUGGCUACGGCAGUGGCUUAGGCGGUGGUUUUGGGGGAGGCUUAGGAAGCGGUUUUGGUAGCAGUUCAGGUGCUGGUUUUGGAGGUGGCUUUGGCGGUGGCUCAGGUGCCGGGUUUGGAGGUGGUUUUGGUGGUGGCUCAGGUGCUGGGUUUGGAGGUGGUUUUGGCACUGGUGGCGGGGGGGAUGGCGGCCUUCUUUCCGGCUCCAAAAAAGAAACGAUGCAGAACCUCAAUGACCGUCUGGCUGCUUAUCUGGACAAAGUACGAUCUCUGGAGGAUGCCAAUACGGAGCUGGAGCGCAAAAUCCGAGAGUGGUAUGAGAAAAAUGGCCCUGGAACUGGUGUUCCUGGGUCUGGGAACGACUACAGUAAAUAUUAUCCAAUAAUUGAAGAUCUUCGAAACAAGAUCAUUAAUGCAACUAUCGACAACGCAAGAAUCAUUCUGCAGGUCGAUAACGCCAGACUGGCUGCUGAUGAUUUCAGACUGAAAUAUGAGAAUGAAGUGGCUCUUCGCCAGAGUGUGGAGGCUGACAUCAAUGGUCUGCGCAGAGUUCUCGAUGAGCUGACCUUGACGAGAGCUGAUUUGGAGAUGCAGAUUGAAAGUCUGAAUGAAGAACUGGCUUAUCUUAAGAAGAAUCAUGAAGAGGAGCUUCAGGGCUUCCAGAGCAAUGCAGUUGGCCAAGUCAGCGUUGAAAUGGAUGCUGCUCCAGGAAUUGACCUCACCAAGCUUUUGAAUGACAUGAGGGGACAGUAUGAAGUCAUCGCCGAGCAAAACCGUAAAGAGGCUGAAGCAUGGUUCAAUGAAAAAAGUGGGGAGCUGAAAAGGGAAAUCUCCACCAAUACUGAGCAGCUUCAGUCAGGAAAGAGCGAGAUCACAGAUCUAAAACGGACUCUCCAGAGCUUGGAAAUUGAACUACAAUCCCAGCUUGCCAUGAAAAAAUCCCUUGAAGACACUUUAGCAGAAACAGAAGGAGGUUACUGCGCUCAGCUUUCACAAAUGCAACUUCAGAUUGGGAAUCUGGAGUCUCAGCUGUUUCAGGUCAGGGCUGAUAUGGAACGGCAGAAUGCAGAGUAUCAACAACUUCUAGACAUCAAGAGUCGUCUGGAAAUGGAGAUUGAAACCUACCGUCGUUUGAUGGAUGGAGAGAGUGGAGGACAAGGACUUUCAUUUGAAAGCUCAUCUUUGACAGGGUCUAAAUCACAAACACAAUCACUGGAUUCUUCUCAGGAUCCUACCAAAACUAGAAAGAUCAAGACAAUUGUUGAGGAAGUGGUAGACGGAAAGGUUGUUGCAUCCCACGUUAAGGAAGUUGAAGAGAAGAUAUAA